AUGGAAGUGGGAAGUUCGAGCAACCAGAAAAGAGAAGGAAAGAGCAAUGCAACCAUUUCGACCUGUACUUUAUAUAGUCUUUGUCUAAUCAUUGACGAGAAUAAUACUAGAAUUAAAUCGUUCAGUGAAAGUGUACAAUACGGAAGUGGCGACCGAAAAUGGUUAGGAAGCUGCAAAGACAGGAAAGAUUGUCGAUGCAUGAGAUUUUCAUUGAGGCUGAAUAUCAUUGUGAUUUUUGGAUGCAUUCGUGCCAUCACUGUUAAAGCAGAGAGUUUUACAAGCUCUCGUAAAAGAGAGGUAAUAAUCGUGCAGAUCGAGUUGCUACAAACUUGGUGGGAUUUGGACAAAGAUACUGAUUUUUCGUUAGCACAGACCUGUCAGAAUAGCAGCAAAAACUUGAACAGCUGGAAAAGCAGUCUGAUCUAUUCAGCUCUUUCAUUAUUGUACGCUGAAAUACGAGAGGAGUGCGUUCACAGAAAAACAAUGCCUGUAUUUCAAAAACAAAGUUUGCAAAACCUUUGCGUGUUCGGAGAAGCCCUCUACUGCAAGGAAAUAAACGUUCCAGUAUUUUCGUCCCAUUGGCUAUCCAUUUUUUUAGGAUCUAUAAGCCAUAUCAUAUGGAAUAUAUACCAGCCGCUUCAACAGCCUUAG